GACAUCAGUUUCUUGCUCUAUCACCUGGGUCCUAUCUACUACCCCCUGUGGGAAAUGCUCCAGAAGAAUUCUGGAGUUCCUGAAUGCAUAUCCCAAUGUGACCUUGGAAAUAUACGCAGCCAAGCUGUUCAGGCACCUGGAUAACCGUAACCGGCAAGGUCUUAGGAACCUGGCAAUGAAAGGAGUCAGGAUACAUAUCAUGAAUCUUGCAG